UUUAAUCAGACUGUGUGUCUGUAGAGGUGCCAGGGUCUUCCUGUUACCCCUGAAGCUGGAUUUGGACCCAGAAUCUCUGUCAGUCCAAGAUCUGAUUUUGGGAAUUUAAGGAAGGUGGUUUCUGAACUGAAAGAUCAACUGGAGAAUGUUUGCAGAAAGAAAAUUGCAGAGAUCCAUCACCCAGUUACCAAAGACACCAUCCUACCGGAAUUAGUGCCGAGGACCAGAGCAGAAUUCUUACAAUUGGAGCUUCUCUUUCUCUCUCCCGCUGCCUCCUGGUCUUUCACAUUUACAUGAGCUGUUUAUGUCAGUAGCCUUUGAAUCCGAUUGCAAAGCAAGGCAAGUUUAUUCAGGGUGCUUUUCCACUGCACCAGGUACGGUACAUUUGGUACUUUCCCUUUUCCAUUGACUUCGGGUCGAGUACCAGUACCAAAAGUUCCAGUACCCAAAGUACUAUUGUUUUUUUGGUACCUCGGAACUUUGGGGUGGGAAUUGCAAACGCAUUCAUUGUUGAUUUAAAAGACAAUUUUAAAAAGCCUAAAAGCCCAAAUAACAAAUAAAUUGUUAACUGAAAAGAAGUUACAUUGUAGAGGCAGCGUAUGACUAAACUCCUGCUGAUUUAAUUUAUUGAAAAGCUGCAGCAAACAGUAACAUUUUAAGCCCUGAUUGUAAUGAGCUGACAGUGGUAGCAGACCUCAGGUCUUCAGGAAGCUUGUUGAGAGAGUACAGGGAGCAUAGAGACUAAAAGCUGUUUCACCCCGCUUGGUCUUCAUUCUGGGAACACUGAGUAAACCUUUCCCAGAUGCCCUCAGGGGUCUGGAUGCUUCACAACGUUCAAGGAAAUUAGUGCCAUUUAGUGUCUUGUAGACAAGUAAAAAUAUUUUAAAAUCAAUCCUGUGACAAACAGAAAGCCAGUGCAGUGAUUUAAGGACCUGUGUAAUAUGCUCUACUUCCUUGGUGUUAGUGAGGACUCUGGUGGCAGCAUUCUGGAUGAGCUGCAGCUGUCUGACUGAUUUAUUACUAAGACCUGUGAAGACACCAUUACAAUAGUCUAGCCUUCUGAAAAUAAACACAUGAACAAGCUUUUCUGUAUCUGGUUUAGAGAGAAAUCCUUUAAUUAAUUCUUGCUCUAUUUUUAAGGUGGUGGGAGGCUAAUUUUGUAAUUGUCUUUAUGUGACUUGAUAUUUAGGUCUGAGUCCAGAACUACAUCAAGAUUUCUAGCUUGACUAGUAGAUUUCAGUGUCAUGGUUUCAUGGUUAGCAAUAGCUUUCAGUCUUUCUGACUGAACCAAUACAGGGAUUUGGGUGCUGGGAACACAGGAGGAUGGGCCAGACCCAGGGAAAUGAACAUGGACGUGUCAAAGGAAAGAAAUUAACAAAACAUAACACCUCUUCCCUACCCUGCUUAGUUAAGAUUAUAACUAAAACCAAAGAUAGAACAGAAAAACCCAGACUACACUAGGCUUACUCACCCGAACAUAAAUACAGAAGGUGGCACUCGCCCUCUAACCCAGUGUGUUUAUACAGAGAGAGGACCUACGUGUUAAUGUAUGUGCGCACACUUCUUACCUGUUCAGUUUCACAAAGGUGGGGGGAUUGCAGAAGACAGGAGUCAGUAUUUGAAUAUGAUAAGGAUGCAACAAACUGGUUUAUUUCUUUGAGAUACAGUAUACUGGGAUUUCACAUAAUGGGCUAGUUUCAGCUUCCACUGGGCAGAUUUUAAGCAGACCUUGGGCUGGACCUGGGAACACUGUACUGAUGCCUCAUUUCCACCAACACAGAGCCAGUACUGGGCUGGUUUUCACUUGCUGCCUUUUAAGAACCUGCCUGCGUUUCCACCAGUUUCAAAAAUGAAUGUAGGUGAAAGUAAGAGCAAAGGUUCAUAUGUAUUCCGUUAUGCUGGAAUUACAGAAGUUCCUCUACUUAUGAAUUUUCAACUUACGGACUUUCAGACAUACAAACAAAGAGAUUUGUAAGUCCACAUUGUGUUCAUUGGGCUCCCGUUUCCUGUCCGCAACAUCAAAUUUUUUUUUCUGUGCGCCUAUUCCGCCUUGUGCGACUUUUGGCCCCUACUCCCGCCGCACUGCAGCAUAGUGUGCGUACUUCCAGCAUCCCAGUUACCACCUUCAUCCCAAAGGAAAUGGAGUCCAAAAACCUCUUCUUCUCAAUCCUGGCUAUAUGCCUAACCAACUUCCUCCUAGUCAACAAUUACAUCGAUACUGGUUUCCAGAAGGCAGGCGUCCCAGGGUUCCCUGGCUGCGUGGAACACGCUACGAUGAUUUGGGAACAAACCCAGAGAGCCAGGCACAGCAAGUCGGACCUGCAUGUCGUCUGGUUAGACCUCGCAAACGCCUUCGGCUCAGUUCCCCACCAGCUCAUCACGUUCGCCCUGGAGAUUUUCCAUUUACCAUCAAGCAUCCAGAAGCUGAUAGCAAACUACUUCAAUAGCCUAUAUGUUUGCUACACAACCCGGGACAUCACAACUGCCUGGUACCAGCUGGAGAAGGAAAUAGCAAUGGGAUGUUCCAUCUCUUCCAUCCUCUUUACAUCUGCUUUCCAGAUUAUCCUGAUAGGUGGGAGACAAAUGGUUGGAGGGGCAAAGCCCCAAACAGGCCAAAGACUCCUGCCCAUAUGGAGUUACAUGGAUGAUGUCACCACGCUCCUCCAAACAGCAGCAUGCACAGCAAGACUCCUAAAAAGGCUGGAGGAAUCGCUAGCAUGGGUCCGCAUGAAAAUCAAGCCCACAAAGUCCUGCAGCCUCUCAAUCCAGAAAGGGGUUAGGAAUGACAACAUCUGUUUCACCGUGGAUGGCGAAAGGAUUCCCCUGGUAGUGGAAGAAGCAGUGCGAAACCUCGGAAGGCUAUAUACAGCUGAUCUUUCCGACAAGCAUAUGGCCUCAGCCGUUACAACUCAACUCAUGGACGGCCUUCACAAGAUCAAUCAGUGCUCCCUGCCCGGAAAAUUCAAGGUUUUGUGCAACCAGUUCCCCUUGAACAAACGCAUAAUGUGGCCACUGAAGCUGUGCGAGAUCACCAUGACAACAGUCCUGAAACUGGAAGCAAAGGCCAACAAUUACAUCAGGAAAUGGCUCGGCCUUCCCCGCAGCCUCUCCAAUGCAGCACUCUUUGGCAAAAAUAUACUACAGUCCCACUUCAGUCAAUCAGCCUGGGCUACAAGAAGGAGAAGGUGAGACUGCUAUUUGAGCUAAGAGACUCGCCGGACCUGCCUAUCCGAAAUGCAGAAAGUGGAAUGUAGCACAAGCAGUGGAUAUAGCCACAGAGAGGCUGAAA